AACGACGCUUCUUGUCAUCCACGUGAAAGAGGACACCGCUUCCUGGUGUGGACUCAUAAUAAUGGACUGAUGAGAGGCAGAGGGGGCAGAGCAGCGCGAGUCGAUGUGAUCCGUCGAUCUGUUUGAAGAGUCUGCGGAAAUACAAACUGAACGUCGCGAGAGAACAUUCAGUUGGUGGAAUGUCGGACGUAAACAAACCUGAAGACGAUGGCAGCUCGUUCUCCUCAAAGGUCCUCAACGUGGUGUUCGUCAUCCUGCUGCUGGACCUGCUGGGGUUCACACUGAUUCUACCUCUACUGCCUGCCAUUUUGGACCAUUAUGCACAAACAGGGGAUGCUGCGUAUCAGUCUCUGCAGAGUGUUGUGGACUGGUUCAGGGAGGCUGUUGGGAUUCCUUUGGAAAAGAAAUACAACAGUGUCCUGUUUGGAGGGUUGAUCGGCUCUUUGUUUUCGCUGCUGCAGUUUCUGUCGUCACCUAUAACCGGUGCUCUGUCAGACCACCAUGGCAGACGACCCCUGCUCAUUCUUACCACAUUAGGGCUGAUGUCCUCCUAUGCGGUGUGGGCCGUUUCCCGGAGCUUCAGCAUGUUCCUUUUGUUUCGGGUAAUUGGGGGCAUUUGUAAGGGCAACGUCAGCCUCUGCACUGCCAUCGUGGCCGACUUGCCUUGCCCAAAAGCGCGAAACCGAGGAAUGGCCAUGAUUGGCAUCGCCUUCUCCUUGGGCUUCACCGUGGGGCCUUUGAUGGGCGCCUACUUUGCCCUCAGCUCCAGGACAACGGGAAACGUCUUCUACCACGCUCCGGCGCACCUCGCCUUGGCCUUCAGUGUCGCUGAUUUGCUCUUCAUCUGGCUAAUGCUGCCAGAGACGCUCACGAAGGAUGUCAAGGCUUCGUCCUCAGGGUUGGAGGACUCCAGGAACCUCCUGAACCCGGUAUCUUUGUUCCAUUUUUCAGCUGUUACCAGGACAAAAGAUCCCCCUUCAAAAGAACGAAUGCAGAAGCUUCAAGUGUUGGGCCUUGUUUAUUUCUGCUACCUCUUCCUGUUCUCUGGUCUGGAGUUCACGCUGAGUUUUCUGACUCACCAGCGCUUCCACUUCACAAGUAUGCAGCAGGGGAAGAUGUUCUUCUUCAUUGGUGUCAUCAUGGCUUCGAUCCAGGGGGGAUACGCUCGCAGAAUUAAACCCGGGCACCAUAUCAAGGCUGUUCGUAUGGCGAUCGUAACAUUAAUCCCAGCAUUUAUUCUCAUUGGUUUAUCGUGGAAUACAACGAUGCUUUACAUCGGCUUGGCGUUGUACUCCUUUGCGGCUGCAAUAGUAGUUCCGUGCUUGUCCACACUUGUUUCUGACCACGGCUCGGCCAGUCAGAAAGGCACAGUGAUGGGGAUCCUGCGUAGUUUGGGCGCCUUGGCCAGAGCACUGGGACCAGUUGUAUCAUCUUCUGUUUACUGGAUAGCUGGAGCACAGACCUGUUUUCUCCUCACAUCAGCCUCCUUCGUUAUUCCCCUCGCUCUCUUGAGGACAGCUGGGAGGCAAAAGGAGGAGUGAGCAGCACAAAGACUUGAACAGACUGAUUGCAGAGGCGUUCCGAUAUUUUGCUGGCUCAAUGAAUGUAAUGAUGUGUACGUUUGCACGUGCAACAAUCAUGAGGAGAUGUGCAGUAUAUUUUUCUACGCUGCUUGCCAGGGAUCAUGAUAUGAAAUACAAUAUUGCGAGUAGAUUGAUGCACACAUGAUGUACAAAGUGGUACUGAUGCAAGGGACAUAAAUGGACAUAAUGCCUUGUACUCUAUGUGCUCAUGUAGACCUGUGCAUAUUAUGGACUGCACGAGCAAGGGUGGGUUAGAACUUUCAUUUGUCGAACAUAUUCUUUUUUUUAAGAUUGUACAAAAGGGUUCUCAGAACAUGUAUUUAAUUACAACUUUGAUGUACUUUACUUUAGUAUUUCCAUUUUAUAUAUAUAUAAAAAAUACUCCACUACA